GGUGAUGAAACUCGGCAACCCCGAAAUCGCCCGGCGGCUGCUCAGCAACGGGGCGAACCCCAACCUGAGAGACAGUACCGGCUUCGCUGUCAUCCACGACGUGGCCAGGGAGGGCUUUCUGGACACUUUGCAGACUCUGCUGGAGUUCGAAGCCGACGUUAACAUCGAGGACAACGAGGGCAACCUGCCGCUGCACCUGGCGGCGCAGAGCCCCCCAGCAUGGACUGAGCCCCGCCGCGACGGCGGCUCCUUUGGACCUGAGGGUGUGCAGACUGCUUGGGGUGUUUCCCUCCUUUUUAACAACGUUUGUUGUCACGUUUUUAUUUUCUUUUUUUUUGUUUUUUUUUUUCCUUCUGAACAGCUGGUAGUGUAAGUCUCGAGAAAUUCCAGAGGUGGGUUUUUAGACAAUGGAAAUGUUUUGAAUCCAUGCUCCCAGCAGUUUCCUAUACCUUUCACUUUCACACAUACUCAUCUGUGUGUAUGUUGGUUGCUCAUAUCUAGUUUUCCAGUAUCAACUUUUACAGUUUAUUUUAGGUCAUUCGUAUCAAGUCAUUAAUACAAGAGCUACUAUUCAUUCACUUGCUUAAUAUUGCUGGACUUUUAAGAAAAGGAAAUAGUUUACUGUGAUUUCUCCCACCUCUCAAGGCACCCCUCCCUUCUCCUCACUCCCCCCUUCCCUUUCGGUCAGGCUCAGGAGUCUGAGGUCCUGUUUUACCUAAAAACAUCCUUUUAACAAGGGGUCACCUGCAGCCCCUGCACAGGCAGAGCUGGAAGUCAAAGGCUGCGUGGCCUGAGGACAGUGGAUGGCGCUUAGAUGCUUUAGGCAGUAACUGCAUUUUGUCACUAACAAGAGCUUGUAGAACUAGGUCACUUACUUUCUAAAUUUACAUGACACUUUUCCUCUUUGUGUAUUUAAACUUUCACCAAUCUGGUUUUGAAUUUAGUUACCAGAAACAGUAUAAGCGGUGUUUCUUCGAGUGCCAGAGGUUUUAAACAGCUCAGUUUAGUAGUUCGUGUUUACUGUGCAUUGCAGAGGACGUUUUUUUUUCUAGUUUCAAAACAAGCAGCAGAGACCCAUUGUCAAAGAGGACACGAAAGCUGCGAUGCAACACUUCUGGUCGCUUCAUCUGCUGAUUGCAGUUUAGAUGUUCUCUAAGUAAUAUUUGCUUUCCACCAAUAUUCUGGUUUGUCUGGAAAUAAACUAUUUUAAUGACAGCAUCUCACAAAACAAGAACAUUUGAAUAAGGUGACAUUUAGGAAGCAGCACUUUUGGUAUUUGUAAAGUUAAGUUAUUGCUUGCACCUAAAACACAAUUUAACCAUUGGAAAUUUCCUAUUGCAAAAGAGAGUUGAGAGUAUUCACCAGACUGAAACUCAUUUGCCUCUCCAGCCCCAACAGGAGCCAACGAUGCUCAGCACCGUUUCGGGAAGAGUCUGUUAUGAAACUUUUAACAUUUGUACAGGAUCUACUUAUUGGGCAGAUGGCAGUUUAAAGUGCUUAAUUUUGAAUAAUCUACAUUUCAGUCAUGCAAAAUAGAAAGUUUUAAAUCAAUGCAAAAUGAAUACUACUUUAAAUAGCACUUAAAAGAGGAGAGGGAAUACUUUAAUUUAGUUUUUAACUUUUUAUUUUUUAAUUAGCCCCACAAAAUCAGUUACUACGUUUUCAAGUAAAAAAAAAAUUGCUGAAACUGUCUGUCACAUUUACUAUAAGCUCUGUCACACUGCUGUGUUCUGAUUAAAAACCUCUGUGAAAUAUGAAA